ACGUGCGCGUCCCGGGCCGGUCUGCUGGCUCUCUUUCCCCGGCGCCGCCUCCUGCCUUUGCCCCCGGCCCGAGAGGCGGCGGUUCCCGGCGGCGGUUGCUCGGCGUCAUGUCCCACCAGACCGGCAUCCAAGCUAGCGGCGAAGUCCAAGAAACCUUUGCUAGAGCCAGAAACGGACAAUACAGGUUUUUGAAAAUAGUUAUCGAAAAUGAACAGCUGACUGUGGGAUCAGCAAGACAAGCUGUUGGAUCCUGGGAAGCGGAUUAUGAUUCCUUUGUUCUCCCACUCCUUGAAGAGAAGCAGCCAUGUUAUAUUCUUUAUAGAUUAGAUUCUCAAAAUGCCCAAGGAUAUGAGUGGAUCUUUAUUGCAUGGUCACCAGACCAUUCUCCUGUUCGUCAGAAAAUGUUGUAUGCAGCUACCCGGGCAACCCUGAAGAAAGAAUUCGGAGGCGGGCAUAUUAAAGAUGAAGUGUUUGGAACCAACAAGGAGGAUGUUUCGCUGAACGGUUACCGAAAGUACUUGGUAACUCAGUCCUCGCCUGCCCCUCUGACUGCAGCUGAAGAAGAACUUCGACAGAUCAAGAUUAACGAGGUACAAACUGACGUCAGUGUUGACACUAAGCACCAGACUCUACAAGGUGUAGCAUUCCCUAUAGCUAAAGAAGCCCUUCAGGCGCUGGAAAAACUGAAAAACAAGCAGCUUAACUAUGUGCAAUUGCAAAUUGAUAUGAAAAAUGAAACGAUCGAACUGGCUAGUACACUCCCAACGGAGCUGAAGGACUUGCCGAAAAGAAUUCCAAAGGACUCGGCGCGGUACCAUUUUUUCCUCUACAAACAUUCCCACGAAGGAGACUACUUGGAAUCAAUAGUUUUUAUCUACUCCAUGCCGGGAUAUAUGUGCAGUAUACGAGAACGGAUGCUCUACUCUAGCUGCAAGAGUCCUCUUCUGGAAAUUGUAGAAAGACAACUGUGGAUGCAGAUCAUCAGAAAGAUUGAAAUCGGCGACGGGGAAGAGUUAACUGCCGACUUCCUUUAUGAAGAAGUUCAUCCCAAGCAACAUGCACACAAGCAGAGUUUUGCAAAGCCGAAAGGACCUGCAGGCAAAAGGGGAAUCCGAAGGCUGAUCAGGGGCCCGGCAGAAGCCGAAACACCUACUGACUAAAUGCAGCACUGGGAACAGAAGCAUUAUGGUGGGGGUUAGGGAACCCACCCUAGCCUUUAGAAAUGAACUGAAAGCAUUCCACACCCCUCUUUUUCCAGGAGAAUAAGGUGACCUGUGAUUUUUCGCUGCACUUGAGACGCCACCUUAGAUGUUACAAGGUCCACAGCCUGUGGUUGUAAUGAAUUGGGUUAAACUAAAACUAGAAGCUUGUAUAAGGUUAAUUCUAAUACGAAUUAAUAUCAUAGCCUUACAGUUCAACACUACUCUAUAUGUAACAUAUAUAGGUCUGAAGUCAGUUUAGUGACAACAUAAAAUGGAUCAUUAGCUAGAUAUUGAAUUUUUCUCUCUCGCAUUAUCUACUUUUUAGGGGGCUGCUGCUUUAGAAUAAAAAUUGGCAGGACUGGGCCCUGUUUUUCUCCAUUGUACUUCCCCUGUCCUUCUACAAACUAACAGUGCAAUAUUUUAUUCCACUGUUUUCAUACCAUGAUCCUAAACAUUUAUUUGGAAGCAAGUUCCGUGGAGAUCCAUGGGCCUUUAUUCCAACUAGAGGUUUAAGAUCUGGCUGCCGCAAAACUGAAACCUGACUCAUUUGAUACAGGGACCCAAAAUUAUAUUCUUUGUAGCCUUCUAACAAUACAUUUCUGGUCUUCUGAGAGAAUAACACUAUUAUUUUUUUUUACAUAAAUAAUGUUUGGCAAUAAGGUUAAGCACUACAUGUUUGAAAAAUGCGAUUCUGUAAGCAACACCAAGUGCUAUGAAAUAAGUUUUCACCAUCCAAAUCAUUCUGACCUAAUUAAAUUAUGAAAGCUGCUGUGAUGUGAUUGACUUUCAGUUCUGGCCCGGUUCACAAGCAAACCAUUAAGCCUAUCCUCAUGUGUUUCUUGUAUCUAAGUAAAGAUGUUCUCCAGGCAACAGGUAUGAAAUAAUAAAAUGGUUGUAGUUUGAGACAAACUAAUAUGUUUAGGUUGAGGAAGCAAGCCUUUCCCAGCUGAUUUAAUGCAAUCGGAUUAAGCAAAAACUAUCUGUUUCUGUUGAACAACAGCCACAGCUGAUGCAAACCAAGAACAACUGCUUCCCAGUAAGUGAACAGUUAAAGUACACAUAUGGUCACCAUCCCAGCUUUCUACGUUAAAUAAUCUGCGCUUCUUACUGAGGUCCCCAAAUGUUUAUCUCCUAGCCAUUUUUAGCAGUUUGUUUUGGAAGUAAAUUCUAUUGAAUUCACUAGGGCUUUAUGUAACCGACGUUCCCUGUCUUAGUUGGUCUUUCUUAACCUUCAGAUCACUAAACUGCUUCCGGGGCUUUUUGUCUCUCCCUCCCAGUAUAAAUGGUAGGCGAGAGCUUGUUGUAAAGGAAACAAUUUGUUUAAAUUUAAAAGGUUGCUGAAAAGAAAGCGUUUCACCUUUCCAUGGAACUUUCGCAGAUCACUGUUAAUCACAAACGUUUGGCUCUCUUGUAAUGUCAGCAUAUUAAUGCCGCUCUGCUGUGAUCAUGGCUAAACACUUCCUUACUGGAAUAACAAAAGGACUGAGUUGUAAGCUAAUUUGGAUGGCAACCUGCCAUCACUGCUGUAGAUCAAGAAUGGUGCUGCUGGGGUAUCUCUGACCUAUAGCCAAGAAUGGUAUCCCUGACCUAUAGCCAAGCUGUAUGGGGCUGAAGGGCGUUGGAAUCCAAUGAAAUCUAGAGGACCACAGAUUCCCCAUCCCUGCUGUAGGUUGUCCCAGGUUCAGUGCAGGAAUAGCCCACCAGAUGUUGGGACUCCAACUCCUACCAGCCCCAGCCAACCUGACCAAUAGUGAGAGAUGAUGGGGAACUGUACUCCAACAACACAUGGAGCGUGCCAUGUUGGUUACUCCCUGAAAUGAAGACACUGCAUUUUACUUCAGUUCUGCUGGGGGAAUAGUUCCCUCUUUACAGUAGCAGCAUAGCUUGCUUCUUCCAAAACGCUCCAAUAAAUUUGAACCCAGGGGAGCUGGUGGAAGGACUUCAGAACUUCACUUCCUGUCCUAAAAUGGCAUUGGCUGGAACGAUGAGAUUGCAGCUAUGCUCUUUCGGCAACAUGGAACUGCGGCAAAUGAAAAACGGCAUAGGCUCCUUGGUUUAAAACAGAAUGGGAAAAACCCCGAAAUGUGCCUUCUAUUGCAUAUUUUAACACAUGCAUCACUAGACAGUUUUGCAUAGUGAAUUGCUGCAGAUUAAGCAGACAUAUUUUAACUGCAUAACUAUUGCUAAUCUUUUCCAUGGAACAAAUGGUGUACAAAGGAGAUGAUUUGUAACUGAGCGUCCCACGUCGAACCCUAAUACUUUUGUCUUUUGCAGCCCAUGACAAAUAGCACAUUGUUCUUAGUUCUUAUCUUCUCAAGAUAAGCAGGCGUUGGCAUUCGUGCACCAAGGAAACUGCUGUAGAAGGGUAAUUCAAGGAAUCUAAGAGGCUGUUUUAGCUGGAGCAUGGAGUGCAUGAAAUGUGGCUGCAGUUAACCAUUAGGGAUACGUUAUUCUGAAAAUAGCCAAGUGUUUUAUCACUGGGGUGGGUCAAACUGCAAAGGUCAGGUGACUGCACGAUA